GAGCGGGAAAAGGGGCGGGGCUUAGCAGGAGAGUUUGAUUGUUUGAGCAAACUUUUCAGCAGGACUGCUUGCUUCCUUUCCCUCUGCGGUGAAGGAUCUGGACAAAAAGGGUUUUUUAAAAGACUCUCUUUUUUCCAUCUUGAAGCCAAGGUCCCCAUCCAGCCGCCGUCAUGUCUAGCAAACGUGCAAAGGGAAAGACCACCAAGAAGCGGCCACAGAGGGCCACCUCCAAUGUCUUUGCCAUGUUUGACCAGUCCCAGAUCCAGGAGUUCAAAGAGGCGUUCAACAUGAUCGACCAGAACAGGGAUGGUUUCAUCGACAAGGAGGAUCUGCAUGACAUGUUGGCCUCUUUGGGUAAGAACCCAUCUGAUGAAUACCUGGAGGGAAUGAUGAACGAGGCCCCGGGGCCCAUUAACUUCACCAUGUUCCUCACCAUGUUCGGAGAGCGGCUCAAUGGGACAGACCCAGAGGACGUCAUUCGUAACGCCUUCGCCUGCUUUGACGAGGAGGGAUCUGGGUUUAUCCACGAGGACCACUUGAGAGAGUUGCUGACCACAAUGGGCGAUCGCUUCACAGAUGAAGAGGUGGACGAGCUAUUCCGCGAGGCGCCGAUCGACAAGAAGGGCAACUUCAACUACGCAGAGUUCACUCGCAUCCUCAAACACGGCGCAAAGGAUAAGGACGAUGAAUAGAGGGAGAAACUGCUGCAUCAGACUCGGCUCACAUGCUGCACUGCAGAUUUGUCCACCAAUCCCUCCCUUUAUUCUGUGUAUUAUAAAUAAAUAUGACAAUCACUUCAUAAAUAUCCUUAAAACGUCACAGUAAAGUAUUUUCCUGCAUAUCUGAUAGUAAACGUGUUGAUUUAGGAUUGGAUCAGAAAUUCUUGCUCGUCCUUCAUUAACUGCACUAUAUUUGUUAUGAACUUGUUACGACUGUCAGGAUGCAUCCAGCACCUCUGUGCAUGCAUGCAAUUAUUCCCCCUGCCUGCCUGUUUGCUACAACACCUCGUGGUCCCUUCCUCUGUAUGUGCAUGGUUGCAAAAUGGAAUCAACUUGUUCUUUAUUUCUUUCUGACAAUCAAGAGGUGAGGAAUUCAUCCUUGUAAAAUGGUAGAAGCGGUUAAUGCUUUACUCCCAUCAGCUGUUUGUAGGGACUGAGAGAUCAGGUGUCUGCUUGUAGAGGGAAUACAGUCAGGAAUCUGCUCAGGCUAAUAAAGCUCCCGUUGAAAGCA